CCGGGCAUGGCCCAGCUCGGCGCCAUCGCCGCGCUCGCCCUCGGGGUCGCGGCCGCCGCGCUGCUCUCGGCCGUGCACAAGAUCGACGAGGGGCACAUCGGCGUCUACUACCGCGGCGGCGCGUUGCUGACCUCCACCAGCGGGCCCGGCUUCCACCUCAUGCUGCCCUUCAUCACGUCCUACAAGUCAGUGCAGACCACGCUGCAGACGGACGAGGUGAAAAAUGUCCCGUGUGGUACCAGGUGAGAUGUUCAGCUCUUCCUCCAUCCUGGCUGGAAACUCUGGGUCCUUCCCCUUUUCCACACUGGUUACUCCAG